CAGGAUUUCUUUCAGUUUGCUAAACCUGAUCUGAAGGAAUCUGCACAUUUCAUCAGUACUUUACAACAAACCUGCUGAACUGUGGUGCCUGGAGGCUACAGGCACUAUAAAGCAUAAGGAAGUAGUGGCAUGACGGUACUUCUUUCUUUGCAACAAUAGGUGGCAGCAUUAACUCGCUGAGUAUUUCUGCAAGGCUUGGAUGACAAUUGAAAUUUCAACAUAGUGUGUAUGUGACGUAGCCAAGAGUUGCCACAGUAGGCAGAGAGCAGAUGGGCAAGAUGAGCACUGAACCUUUGACUCGCUCUGAGGUGUUUGGACAGCUCAGGAAGGAGCUCUAUGGAGAGGAGCCGUCCAGUCAUUCCGACACUCACAUAUUUAUUGUCCUGGGAGCCUCUGGAGAUCUCGCAAAAAAGAAGAUCUAUCCGACUUUAUGGUGGUUGUUCAGAGAUGGCUUGCUCCCAGAUAACACCUACUUUGUGGGGUUUUCCCGGUCUAACCUGUCUGUGGAGAACAUCAAGACAGCAUGUCUGCCUCAUAUGAAGGUCACUGAUGAAGAGAGUGAGUGUCUCUCUGCCUUCUUCAAGAAGAACUCCUACCUGAGCGGCAGGUAUGAUGACGGCAGCUCCUUCAACCAACUUAGUGCCCAUCUGUCAUCACUGCCGGGGGGAGCCGAUGCCAACCGACUCUUCUACCUGGCUCUGCCGCAAACCGUCUACCACCAUGUCAGCACAAACAUCAGGAGCCACUGCGUGAGCUGCAAAGGCUGGAAUCGGGUAAUUGUUGAGAAGCCGUUUGGGCGUGACCUCCAGAGCUCACAGGAGCUGUCAGCCCACCUGUCCUCCCUGUUCACAGAGGACCAGAUCUACCGCAUAGACCACUACCUGGGCAAAGAGAUGGUCCAGAACCUCAUGGUGCUUAGGUUUGGAAAUCGCAUAUUUGGACCAAUAUGGAACAGGGACAAUGUAGCCUGUGUGGUUCUCACCUUUAAGGAGCCUUUUGGCACUCAGGGCCGUGGAGGAUACUUUGAUGACUUUGGUAUCAUUCGAGACUUCAUGCAGAACCAUCUCCUGCAGAUGCUCUGUUUGGUUGCAAUGGAGAAACCUGCUUCCACCAGCCCUGAUGAUGUGAGGGAUGAGAAGGUGAAGGUUUUGAAGAGUAUAGCUCCUGUUGCCAUGUCAGAGGUGGUGCUCGGCCAGUACGUAGGGGACCCUGAGGGGGAAGGCCUCUCCAAACUGGGUUACCUUGACGACCCCACAGUACCAAAAGGCUCCUGCACACCAACGUUUGCCACUGCAGUGCUCUAUGUUCAAAAUGAAAGAUGGGAUGGAGUUCCUUUCAUUCUGCGCUGUGGUAAAGCUCUGAAUGAGCAGAAGGCAGAGGUGCGUCUGCAGUUCACUGACGUGCCAGGUGACAUAUUUAGCGACCGCUGUCAGAGGAAUGAGCUAGUUGUGCGGGUGCAGCCAGAUGAAGCCAUUUACCUGAAGAUGAUGACCAAGAGGCCGGGGGUUUACUUCAGUCCAGAGGAGACUGAACUGGACCUCACCUACAAGAGCAGAUACAAGAACGUGAACCUCCCAGAUGCUUAUGAGAGACUGAUACUGGAUGUCUUCUGUGGAAAUCAGAUGCACUUUGUCCGCAGUGAUGAGUUACAAGAGGCCUGGAGAAUCUUCAACCCACUGCUUCACCAGAUAGAAGGAAAGAAGACACAGCCAAUACCUUACACAUACGGAAGUCGUGGUCCGAGCGAGGCGGACGAUCUUGUGAAGGGAGCAGGAUUCCGCUAUGAGGGAACAUACAAGUGGGUGCAGCCCCACACAACAUGAUGCUUCUGUCACACUCAGGAACACGUUCAACACUAACAUAACAGUGUUUACAGACGUUUAGUACAAUCUUUCACCACUGUACCAUUGUAUAAUUUUAUUUGCAUGCACAAUAUGAAAACCACUGCUUUUAUACCUAAUCAUAGAUGUUGACCUAAAACAUAAAUGUAGUGGCCUGAUUUGUAAGUUCACCUGAAAAUGUUCUGUUUCUAAAUAAAUCAGCUGUGACUCUCCUGUC